UUUAUUUCCGGGUUCAAAGUUUGGCAGGUCAGCAGAAAAGAAAAAAAACCAUUAGCAUUUUACUUUGAACAGCGACAUGAUAACCAAGAGAUGCCAUCGUUGUUAAAAUAGUCUAUUAUGUCCACGACAACCAUAGGAGAGAAGGAGACAAUGAAGAUCUUUGGAAGAUUUUCUAUACCAAGGGAGUAUGUUGAGAGCAUUGUUAGCGUGAUCCUGAGGGUGCCAGCACUUUUCAUCCUUGAGGCAUGGUACAAAUCUGACCCUGACACAGCAGUGCAAAACACUCCAGAGGAUGUCAGGUUCCUUGCCCAGGCUGCAUAUUACAGUAUUCUGGUCGUUGUUGCUGUUUUGGCCACCAUUCCCCUGGUGAAGCUGGUUACACUGUAUAUGUACAUGAUCAGUGUAGGCCUCGUGUCGGGUGCCUACCAUCUCUCCAAUCUAUACACAAUUGUCGAGGAAGAAUCGGGAAAAGACGUUGAUAACUCCUUACUCGCUGUCUUUAAGGAUUAUGAAAUUACAAAGAGACUGUUUUUAUACCUUCUUGCACAGUGCCUUAUUGGAACGUUGGCAGCAUAUUUGCUGGACAUGAAAGACUGGACAAAAUAUUCUCUUCUGGUUUUUACAACUCCUAUAAUGGCUCGGUUAUCAGGUUUGCCAGUCAGGGAUUUGUCAGCUGUACACAACUUUGCUACACUGUUUAUCCUACUGAUGGUGCUAUUUUAUACAUUCAACAAACUAACACAUGGAAUAGGAGUUCUGAAGGAUGGUUUGCAACAAAUCAGAGAAGCGGUGACAGAGUUUGGCUACAUUCCUGUGAUAAUAACAUACUGGCAUGCAAUGAUGAUGCCUGUGCAACUCCUUAUUUUCUGGACGAGCUUAUUUCUGUCCCAGCUGUUUGUAUUUUAUCAAUCAAAGGGCAUACCAGCAGAUGGUCAAUUGUUAGUUCUUUUAGCUGGAAUGGGAGAAUGCUGUGCGACUCCUAUAAGUCUGUUUGCCUUAUGCAUUGCGAUUUCCUACUUUUCAUACUACAUUUUGACUCUGACAAAAGUCUUCCUGCUGGGAUGGGAAGGGCUUUAUCACGAUAAUGACCUGCUCCGCGGAUGGACUGAAGGAUUAACUAUGAUGCUUGUGGCGUUACAGACUGGCCUUUUGGAUUUAAAACCACUUGAACGAGCAUUUCUAAUGAGCAUCUUAUUGUUUAUCGUUGUUUCAUCAUUGGUGCAAUCAAUGUAUGAAAUCACAGACCCAAUUUUGCUAGUGCUCAGUGCCUCUCAUAGUAGAAGUUUAAGUAAGCAUUUAAGAGUGCUGGCCCUUUGCACAGUGCUAUGGGUUUUGCCGCUGUACAUGACUCAUCAAAUAUGUCAAUAUUUUGACCUUGACUUUUGGCUAAUGAUCAUUAUCUCAAGUUGUAUUUUGACCUCUGUGCAAGUCAUAGGGUCUUUACUCGUGUACUGGCUGUUUUUAUAUGAUACAUUCAGAACGGAAACCUGGGAAAGAUUAGAUGAUGUCGUGUAUUACAUCAGGUCAUCUGUGAGAAUUCUGGAAUUUAUAGUGGCAGUGUUUGUUGUAUGUUUCGGAAUUAAAGAAUCUCUGUUUUCCGAAUGGAGUUGGAUAAACUCUGGAAUAUUAAUCAUUCAUUGUUACUUCAAUGUGUGGCAACGUUUACAGACUGGUUGGAAGACAUUUUUGUUGAGACGAGAGGCAGUGCAUAAGAUUGAGUCGCUCCCUGAAGCAACUAGCGAUCAACUUGAAGCUCAUAACGAUGUUUGUGCAAUUUGUUUCCAAGCUUUGAACUCUGCAAGAAUAACUAUGUGUGGACAUUUCUUUCAUGGUUGCUGUCUGAGAAAAUGGUUGUAUGUGAAAGACACUUGUCCAUUGUGUCAUCAACAAAUUAAUGCUAAUAUGCCAGUUGACACCAACUCAAGACACUUGAACAAUUUGCUGAAUGUUGAUAAUGUCAAUGAUCUUGUAGAAGGCGAUAUGGAAGAUUAUGUUUCUGACAGUGAUUCAAGUGACGAGGAGGAUUCAGAAGAAUGUUCUGAUGAUGAAGAAGUUCUUAUUGCAAACUGAAAUGAAAAUCAAACAGAUUAAUGUUUAACUUCCAGCUUAAUGGAUAGUGAUAACUUAUAUGCUUCGAAUGAAAUAGUCAAACCAACAUUACCCAUCAUAUAAUUAUUAUUAAAUUCAUAAGAUUAUUUUUGGUGUAAGAACACUUUGAUUGUGGCUACUUUCAUCUUUAGAUUCCAGACUUUCGACACUCAUUUAUUGUACUGAAAUUCUCCCGCAUCACUUGAAUGUUGUAAUGAGAACUUCAGAAGUAUGGCCCAAGUGCAUAAUCAUAGUUGGGUUUCGCUGAAUGUGAUACUGUUGUUUUUUUGGAAUCGGCUAUAUGAAUGUUUAGUUUUUGUCCUGAUUAAAACAAAAUCUAGUCAUGUACAAAAGUCAUUUUGUUCUUUGAAGUAACAGGUUAUAUGACAAGUUAUUCAUGCUUUUACGGAUACACUACUUGGAAACAGUCUAUCAUUAAUUUGUCAAGAAAUUGUGUUCUUGAAUUAUGGAGAUUUUCUUAAAAAAUACAUAAAAACACUGUCAUCGAGAAUGCAAUCGUCUGUAUUCACUAUUUUUUGCAUUUAAAAAAAUAUAAUUGCAUAUAUUGAUUUUCAAAGCCAUCAAAGUACUGUUCUACCCUUUUUCUGUAAGUUUGGCAUUUCUAUGUAAUACAUUGGAGUUAUUCCCAGACCAAAUACUAUAUUUUCAAAUUUUAUUAAAAUGCACUGUAUAUGUUGUGUACUAUCUGGGGUUUAGCCAGGUUUUCAAAUGGGCAGGUGACAGGGUGCUAAGGGUGAAAAAAGCUUUAAUAUUAGAUUAAGCUGGGAAUUACUCAAAUAUUAUAAAUUUGACCAAGAAUAUUUGAAAUGUGUUUAAUUGUCAGAUAUAUUAAGUUUGUAUGUGUUUACAAUCCUGAAUAGCUUUUAAAACAUAUCUGAUCUAAAACAUUCAAUUCUUAAAAGGCAGAAGGCUGCAUAUGCUGGUCUACAUGAGGGCAGAUGGGUGAUACCCCAAAACGGAAAGGUGCAGCCCCCCUCCUUUAACUCUAGCUGAACCCUAAUACUAUGAUACAUCUUUUAUUGAUUCAUGUAAACUUAUUUCAUUUCCAUUCUUCUCAUGAUUUCAAUCCAAAUCAAGCGAGGAAACUGCUAUGCUGAUGUAAAAGUUGUUGACAAUAGCCAACUCUGUACAUACAUUUUUUUUUGUAAAGAUGUGAUAACAUAUGAAUUUCACCCAGACCCUGUACGAUGAAAAAUUAUGAUUUGUUAUAAAUAAAUUGGUGAAUUGCA